AUGAAGAGAUCCGACAUCGAUCCCCGUGAAAAAGACAAGAGAACGAAGAUUAUGGGCGACAAUUUUCAGAAUGUCGGAGAGCAGGUCGACGAGUUUCAGCAAAAUGAAGGGUUGAUGCAGACUGGUGCGGAGGACGCUCAGGGACAUCCGGUUCAAGAGAUUGAAAGUAUGUGUAUGAACUGUCAUGAAAAUGGUACGACAAGAAUGCUUUUGACCAAGAUUCCGUAUUUCAGAGAGAUUAUAGUGAUGUCUUUCGAAUGUCCUCACUGCGGAUUUAAAAACUCCGAAAUUCAACCAGCUGCUCAAAUCGCAGAAAAGGGUUCCAGAUACCUCUUGAAAAUCGAAAAUAAGGAAGAUUUUAGUCGUCAAGUUGUUAAAUCUGAAACAGCAACAUGUAAAUUCGCCGAACUUGACAUAGAAAUUCCACCCAAGAGAGGCCAGUUGACUAAUGUUGAGGGAUUGUUAACAGAGAUGAUUGAUGAUUUGGAGUCUGAUCAGCCUGCCAGAAAGGAAGCUCAACCUGAAGUUUACGAGAAAAUUGCAGAGAUUAUUGCCAAGGUAAGAGCUUACAUUAAUGGUGAACCCGGAACUUUACCCUUGACAUUUACUGUCGACGACCCAUCAGGAAACUCUUGGAUCGAAUAUGUUCCCGAUGAACCAAGUCAUAAAUGGUCCAUGUACGAGUACAAUAGAACUGCAGAACAAAAUGUGUUCCUUGGCUUAAUAUCAGCCGAUGAGGUGGCUCAACAUCGUCUCAAAGAGGCUUCUGCUAAGAAGGAAGCUACCAAGUCGAACGUUUCCUCGAAUCUUAAGGAGGAUGAAACUCGCCCAGGAGAUGCUAGUGACAUUGAGAACCUCGCCAAUGAGGUUCAAACUUUCCAUGCUACAUGUUCAUCUUGUUUCAAGCCCUGUGAGACUCAUAUGAAGACGGUGAAUAUUCCUCAUUUUAAGGACGUUAUUAUCAUGUCGACAGUGUGUGAUAACUGUGGAUUCAGGUCCAACGAAGUCAAAACUGGAGGUGAAAUUCCUUCUCAUGGACGUAAGGUCACAUUGAAGGUUACAGACCCCGAGGAUUUGGCUAGAGACAUCCUUAAGAGCGAAACCUGUGGCUUGGUUAUCCCCGAGUUAAACUUGGAUUUGACCCCAGGAACCUUAGGUGGGCGUUUUACCACUAUCGAGGGUUUAUUGACUCAGGUCUACGAGGAAUUACAUGGCCGUGUUUUCACGCAAACUUCUGAUUCAAUGGACGAUGCCACCAAAACAAGAUGGACAACUUUUUUCGCAAGAUUGCAGGAUGCGAUUGACGGAAAGAUAGGAUUUACAAUUGUUAUGGUAGACCCCUUGGCAGCUUCUUACAUUCAAAACGUGUAUGCGCCUGAUAAUGACCCAAAUAUGACCAUUGAGGAGUUUGAGAGAACUCAUGAGCAAAACGAGGAUUUGGGGUUGAACGAUAUCAAAACUGAUUAA